UAAAAUACCAGCCUUUUUCCAGCUAAUAAUAUUAACAAUCGGUUAUGGUUUUUUCUUAAUGUAUUUAUUCUCAUCCAUCUGUUUCUUCUUCACUUGCCUACUGCCCAUGUGAUUUCAGUAAUCUAUCUCUCUAAAUCCAGUGACCAAAUUUCCAUUUCUUUCAGUUUCUGUAUCAUUAUCUUUUAGUCAUGUCUUUUUUUAGCUUGUUUUUUGAUAUGGCCUUACAGCUCAGAGACAUUGACAGUGAAGCAAAUCUAAGUCCACUCUUUUAGUUCUCUGUCUUUUUCAUACGCAACUGUAAACUUCAAAAGCCCGACACGAUACAACCCAGAACAGACUGAAGCAUUUGAAAGCCGAUCUUGAAGCAUUUGGGUGAUGGGUUCUUAAAUUCAUCUUCAAUUGACUGAGGUAGAAACUGUUUGUUAUUGUUAUUGUUCUGUGUAUCAAGUUUGUUCUUUUGUUCAUUCUUUUGAUCUAGUGAAGAAACCGUGAGAAAAAAAGGGAAAAAUUUAUCAUUUUUGGUGUAAAAUGAGGGACUUCCCUUCUUGUUUUGGUGAAAAUGGAGUUCAAGUUGCUGAUUCUUCGUCAUCAAGUGCAGCAAAAGCUUCUCAAAAUUUGGUUACUUGUGUUUAUCUGUGUAAAUUCCAUGGUCUUUCUUUCUUGGUAACUGUCACAUGGACGAAGAAUCUCAUGGGUCAAGGUCUUAGUGUUGCAAUUGAUGAUUCAACCAACCAAUGCCUUUGCAAAGUUGAGAUAAAACCAUGGUUGUUCUCCAAGAGAAAAGGGUCUAAAAAUUUAGACGUAGAUUCUAGUAAAAUUGAUAUAUAUUGGGACUUGUCCAGUGCUAGAUUUGGUCCUGGGCCUGAGCCAAUAGAGGGAUAUUAUUUAGCUGUUGCAUAUAACCAAGAAAUGGUGUUACUUCUUGGAGACUUGAAAAAGGAAGCAUACAGGAAGGUUGAAACUACCCCUGUUAAUAUUGAUGCCAUUUUCGUUGCCAAGAGAGAACACAUUUUUGGCAAGAAAUUUUAUGGUUCCAAGGCUCAGUUUUGUGAUAAGGGGAAGAUGCAUGAUGUCACAAUUGAGUGUGAUACUACUGAUGUUAAGGAUCCUUGCCUUGUGAUUCGCAUUGAUAGUAAGGCGGUGAUGCAAGUCAAGAGGCUGAAGUGGAAGUUCCGCGGUAAUCACACUAUUCUGGUGGAUGGGCUCCCGGUUGAGGUAUUUUGGGACGUUCAUAAUUGGCUGUUUGGUAAUGCUAUGGGAAAUGCAGUUUUCAUGUUCCAAACUUGUCUUUCUGGUGAGAAGUUGUGUACGAGCCAAUCUAUUUUUGAUCCUUCUGUAUUGACCUGGUCUCAUUCUCAGCAAUUCAGAGAUUACCAAUUACAAGGACUUGGUUUUUCAUUGCUAUUGUAUGCUUGGAAGAAUGAAUAGAAUUGUAAUUUUCACCAUUGAUUAUCAACAAAUACUUUCGUUGAUUUUACUUAUAAACAAUGUGAUUGAGCUUUAUAAUGCAUCCAACUAUAGGUUUACCAA